GAUCCGGGGCCACCUGGGACGGUGCGGCGCUGAGCGGUUUGGGCGGGUGGCUGGGCGGGCACUGCCGCAAGUGGCUAGUGGCUGCACAACAGCCACAGUGCUGAGUCUUUUAUGCGGGAGCCAGCCUUCUCUGGCUCUCUCCAACUGCAGUCAGAUACAGACAAGCAGUUUGUUCCAGUCAGUUUAGUGUAUUCGGCCAUGUCGGUGCUCGAGAGUCAGCGAUACGCGCUCGAAGAUCUCGACCGGCUAGAGCAAGCCAUCGCUGAUCGCCUUCUUGCUCCCCCGAAGAGCCACCGGGCAAAGAUCGCGCAGCAGCAUGAAAUCGCAAAGUUCCUCGAGCGCAUACAGCAGCAGAGCAAAUUCUUGCUCACCAGUCUCGAGGACCCUGAUGGCCUCCGAGCAAACGAGAUAGAAAAGAUCCACGGCGGCCAAACCUCAACGCCGCUCGACGAGUUCUACAAACAAUACAAAGAAAUCAAAGAUUUCCACCGCAGGUACCCGAACGAGCCCGUCGACAAUCUCGAGGAAAACUACCGGAAGAAGCGAAAGACCGAGACUACCGAGGAUGAGGCAGCUGGUGGUCAGAGCAGUGCGGUGGACGUGAUCGAGUCGAUGUUUACGGGCGAGGAACAUCUUGGGCGGUAUCUCGAUUUGGUUGCGUUUCAUGAGCGGUAUCUCAACAUUCGCGGCGUGAAGCGGGUGUCGUACGUGCAGUAUUUCGAUGUAGUUGAUAAGUUUGCGCAGAUUUCGAAAUCUUCAAAAGACGAGGAGUACUUCAAGUACAUCACCGCACUAUCUUCCUACCUUCAAAGCUUCCUUCGUCGAACACAGCCACUCAACGACCCGGACGGCAUGAUUGACAAGAUCGGCGAAGACUUUGAAAAGGAGUGGGAAGAAAAAGCUAAAGAGGCAAGUACGGUCGAGAAGGCUGACGGGCCGGUCGAGAACGGGUGGUACUGCAGCGCGUGCGACAAGGUAUUUGAGAAACAGACUGUCUACGACGCGCACUUUACCGGCAAAAAACACAAAAAGAAUGCGGAGAACAAGAAGACGGGCGGAAGCUCACAUACAUCCGUGCAAGACCUGAAGGCGCGCGUGAUCGCGUUGCGCGAGUAUGAGAUCGUGAAGCUGUUUGAGAUCCUCGCGAAAGAACGCGCAGACACAAAGGUCAACGUUGAGCGGAAAUCCGCGCUGACGGUGCGUGAGCGACAGCUAGAGAUGGAAGCGCUCGAGCGGGAAGAAAACGGCGAGGAGGAUAGCGAGGACGAGGACGGUGCUGGCGAGGGUAGCGGCGGCGACGGCGAGGACGGAAAGAUUUAUAACCCGCUUAAGCUGCCGAUCGGGUGGGAUGGCAAGCCGAUUCCGUUCUGGCUGUGGAAGUUGCAUGGGCUGGGAGUUGAGUAUCCGUGUGAGAUUUGUGGGAAUUUCGUGUACAUGGGCCGCAAGGCUUUCGACAAGCACUUUGUCGAGCCGAGGCAUAUCCAUGGCUUGCGGUGUCUGGGGAUUCAAAACUCGAGCCUGUUUAGGGAGAUUACGAGUAUACAGGACGCGCUGACGCUGUGGAAUAAGAUAAAGCGGGAGAAGCGGGCGCAGGAGAGUAUGCAGGAGCAGGCGAUCGAGGUCGAGGAUGACGAGGGCAACGUGAUGAGCGAGAAAGUGUAUAAUGAUUUGAAGAAGCAGGGAUUGCUGUAGGAUAGAAAUUUAUAAUGAAAAGUUUAGGCCAGA